AAUCGAAUCGUACGAGCGACGCGAUCCGGAUGCUGGAGCGCUGCAUUCAGCUGGAACCGCUCUUUACCGCGGCUUACCUGGAGCUGGUGAAGCUGUACGGUGGGCAGCCGGCAGCUGCCGGUCGGCUGCUGGCCCGCGUCGUCCGCCUCAACCCGUACAAUGCGGACCUGCGCCGGCAGUACGGCGACUGGCUGAUGGAGCAAAACAUGCUGCUGGAAGCGUUCAAACAAUACCAGGAAGGGAUCAAAAUAAUGGAAACUCAUCAAUUAUCCGUGAUUGGUGCCUGUCGCUGUCUACGCAAAAUGGGACAACAGUCGCGAUUACAUCAAAUGGUGCUGAGAUGGCAAUUUAUAGUUCGCUUAUCGAACGGCGGCAUUCCGAUACAGAACGAUAUCUAUCUCCGUGAUUGGAGCAUAAAGCACGAGCUUCGCAACCGGGCGAUGAUAUACGACAGUGGCAGUAGUAGUAGUGGAAGCAGCGGUGGAAGUGGCAGCACCAGCAGCAGCAGCAGCAGCAGCACUAACACCGGCACCGGCAGCACUAUUGUGAAUGGCGACAGUGGGCCCACCACGAGGGAAGACACCGGAAGCAUAAAAGAUUGCUCCAAAAUAAACUGCAGAAAGCAGACGGACCCACGGCCCCCGGCGGAACCGGCCGAAAUAAGCAUACGAAUACUGCGCACGCCACACUGCAACCGGUCGGAGCACAUUCCCAGCUCGCUGAAGGCCUGCAAACUGGCAGCAGCAUCGGCGUCUCCCACCGCUGCCCACAGUGCGGCACCGGAACCGCCAUCCACCCACAACGGUAAGGGCAGUGGGAAAACGAAAAAAUGGUCCAAAUCACGGCACAAACCGAAACGGCAGCAGCCCUCCGGUACGACCGCCCUCGAUCCGAACGGUGCCCCGCUAGCUGCCCCGCUGCUCGUGUCCAACCUGCUCGACAAGCUGUAACGGACCGUUUGGGCGGUGGAUGAAGGGGAGAAAUGCAAAGCGGCCCACGGCGGGUCGAGCCUCGAUGUACGAUGAUCGAUAGUGAUGAUUUUAUUUCCCCCGGCCUGGACGAGAGAAAGAUGGGGCAAAACCAGGGGGAUUGAACUGAUUUCGACAAGCAAUGGCACAAAAUUCGCACACAGCAACAAUGAAGAUGUGCACCGUGAAGGGCAUGAUAAAUCGUAUUACAUUACUGGCUCGUAACGAAGGCAGGGAGUUAGAGAGACACGGAAAGGAGAAAAAAAACAUAACCCCACUCGCAGCAGUACUAUCCCUCGGUCCCCGUAGCUAUCAAAUCCGAGACAGCAACAGUAUUGUCGGCGAUAUUUAGUUGGCUGCAAGUUGUAAGUAGUCUAACCUUCUAACACGCCUGUGCUUAAUGCCGCUCGCGUAGCAGCUGUACAUUUUCGGUAGCACUUCGGUGGCGGACGGGAAAGCGAACGAUUGAAAGCAACAGCAACAAAAAACACCCCGUAUAUCCUCUCUGUGUAUGUGUAUAUAAUCGCACCGCCCAACCAACUACUGCAAGAGGUAAGUGAGUGAGAUGCUAGUGAUUAGUAGAGCAGACAGCAGAAGCAAAAUAACGAAACAAAACCACACGAAGCGUACAAUCGUGUGGAAGCGAUAGCGAAACCGAGCUGCAUAGCAGUGGGAAGGCAAUAGGACGACGACGUUGAUUUUGAACGGUGGCAGCUCCUGUGUUGCCAGCUCACCCCGUUUGUCGGUGCAGUGUAAAAAGCUUAGAAAUAAGACUGUAGUGAUGGCCAGAACCAGCACCAGGGGGAGAAUGGGAGGGAAAAAAUUCUAUACAAAGUGUAUUUGGCUGGAAUGGCUUCUUUUUGAUAUGUGUCUCUCUAACAAGCUCAAAUGGUUUCGAACGGUGUGGGAUGAGCGACUGAGUGAAUUGCAUUACGGAUAGCGUCAAAAAGUCUCACAAAUGCGUUGUUUUUUUUUUUACAAUUUGACAGCCAAAGAGCUUCGUUUUGACAGUAGGGUUAUGUUUAAUUCAACAUUUUAUUUGCAUGACUAAGUCUCAAAAUUAACGAACUGUAAAUAAACCACUCAAACCUUUCAUGCAAACGUUCUGUUCAGCAGCGCAGAAAAGGUGUCAACCUAUCUGGCUGUCAUUUAUUUAUUUUUUGUUUAAUGCUUUGCUGUGUGCCUGCAUCACAGCAAACCGUGCAAAAGGGAAUAACGAAUUUAAAAAAAACGAACGCGUCGCCUGAAGCAACCGCACCCACACUGCAACGAACCGCAAUAAAGACCAGCCAAGAGAUUUAUGCAAAACAAACAAAACAAAAAGCGAACCAAACAAUGGCCAAAUCAUACGCUAGCUAUCCCAUAUUUUCCGUUUCAGAGCUUGAUUGAGGGCGGGUGCGAGCUUUUAGGAUGUUAGUGCAGCGAGCAGUGAAACAGGUUGAAAUCAAUUAAAACGUGACUCAAGUAUAGGGUGUAGAAGUGACGCGCGAAAAGCACUGUGGGAAAGUAAUGAGCAUGAAAGAGACAACAAUGCGAAAAAAACAACGCACACUGCAAUCUGUAACAACUACUGUAGCUGUAAAUCGACUCUAUUACUGGAUGGACUCAAUGAAGCGUAGGGAAGUGAUGUGUAAAUGAAGAUAAAACAUAAUAAAAAACACCCAAGGCCCAUCAGGCAAUACGGAUGCUUUGAUGAGGGACGUUUUUGAAAGCGCAAAUAAUGAACAAAAGCGUCCCCAUUUCCUAAAAGCCACCAUGGAGUAUCGAACAGAAUUGGGAAUUGAUUGGCAACUGUGAAAUUGAACAGAGGAAAAACGCAAUGAGGGUAUAAACAUGAAGUAAAAAAAAAGUGGUGACAACACAUGGUAUGGGAAACAAUAUUGUAAAACCGCUAACGCGAUCAAACGAUCAAUAAUAAAACAGCAUUUUUAAAUAAAAUUUUCAC